AUGGGUUCCCUGGUGCUGGGACGUGGCGGCGCUCUUGGCCAGCACGCUUUUGGCCGUGUAGCUUUGGUGAAGCCUUUCGUGCCAUGGCGAAGUGCUGCGGCCGUGCACAUGAAGGCUGCUGAUGCUCCAGAGGCAAGCGCACUCAAAGAAGAUCGCUUCUACACCAACGAUGUCAUUGCAGAGAUCGCCACCUUGCCAUCCUUUCUUCAGGACAAGCCUGCUGAGAGAUGGCUGUCGGAGGUAGUUGCCAAGCUCGCCCUCAGAGGCUGCGGCCGGGAGGAAGUCGCCUGGUUGCUCUCCUUGCCUGUGGACACCAUCAAUGAGGAGCUUCCGGCCUCAGCGGGAGAGGAGCAGUUGGGCAGUUGCCUGCUGGACUUGGCUUUCGUGCCAAGAGGCGCCGGCUGCGGCAUCUUCGGCUCGAACUCCUCUCCGCAGCUGAACGAGAGGCGCUGCACGUUGUGCCGAGAUCUCUCCGGUGUCGAGACGCAUGCCCUGGUCGUCGUGGAGGCUCGAGAUGGUGAUCCACCCGGGGAGUACCAAGAUGCCAUGCUCAUCGCCCGGAAGAACUUGCGUUUCGACUCCAUCCCCUCGCGUCAGCUCACGGAGGCCUCCCAGUGGCCCAACGUUGCCAACAUGCCGAUUCCGGCCCAGGAGGAGGUGCAGGCGCCUUCUGCGCUCCUGGGAGAGGCCACCCCAAGUCCGGCCUGCCUCUGCACCGCAGAGGCCCUCCAGUGGCUCCUUCCCUGCGUGGCAAGACUCUGGGCUGCCAAGGCGUGCGUUCGAGAGGAGAUCGCUUUCCUCCUGUCUCUGCCAGCGGAAAAGUUGGGAUCUGCAUUGCCUUCUCUGGGCGCUGAGAACCUGGGCAAGUUCCUGCAGGACCUGUCCUUCGUUCCGCAGGGGGCCUGCUGCCGAGUCGAAGGCUCUACGUCCAACGCCCGCCUCAACGGCCUGGAAGGACGGCUGAUCGAAUCCUGCCCCUCGUAUUCGACACAUGCAAAGCUGCUCCUAGCAGGAGAGGGAGAGGUGUUGAUUCACCGGAAAAACCUUCGCCUCCUUGCAUUGGGCGGUGUCCCGUCUCAAGUCGAGAAGGCAAGCAGCGGAGGUCUCUGCGCCUGGCUGGGUCUUCGUUGCUGUGAUGAGGUUCGCGCCGCACCGCCCCAACGCCUGGGACCUCGAAAGGAUGGGGCAUUCCUGGCAGGAGAGCUUCGUCGUUUGGGUGAGAUGCGGGCCUCCGGCCUCCUCAGCGACGUUGAGUUCCACGCUGCCAAGACCAAGUGUAGCGAGACCAGGGUGGAAGGAACGAAGAGCUGUGCAAUGCUCUGUGCAGCUUCCAAGGCUGAGGUGCUGUGCCAGCAGGUCUGGCAAGUCCCAGCAGAGGAGCGGACAAUCUACUUUGAAGAUCUUGAAGGUGGGGAAGCUCUGCGCUGCAGCGUCUCAGACGGCGAUGUGGUGCGCGUGCUCGGUUGGGAGGCUCUCCGUCUGUGCGACGGUGCCGAAGGGCCCGGCGUCACCCUGAGCUUGGAGGGGCGGCUGCCCCUGUGGUGGACGCCAGCCAUCAAGGCCCUCUGGCUUCCACUUCGUGUGGGCGACGGUCCCAGUCCCGAGGAGCCAGAAGAGGGAGCUUUGAAUCUUCAUCGCCUUUUCCUUUCAGCCAGCCGCGUUGCCUUGCAGUGGCGCUGGCCAGGAGAUGACAAGGCUACCACGGGACCCGCAGAUGGCUGGCCAUUGCCUUUGUCGAUCUUGGCCGACGGAGUGAAAAUCGAGAUAUGCCCAAGCUUUGGGAAGCUGUGA